UUCAUCCUCUUCAUGAUUGUCCUCAUCCACAUGCCCCUCGCCGCCGCUCAGCCGUUGCCAUGGCAACUAUGCAACUACGCCAGCGGCAACUACACGGCGAACAGCACGUACCGAGCAAACAUGCAAAAUCUAGCUAGCUCCCUCCCAGAUUUCGCCUCCACCUCCCCCUCCCUUUUUGCAGCGGGCAAGUCGGGCACCAUUCCAGACGCCGUCUAUGCCCUCGCACUCUGCCGUGGAGACUGCACCAACGCCUCCUUUUGCGCCGCCUGUGUCUCCUGGGCUAUCCAGGCGGCGCCGGAACUCUGCCCGCUCAUCAAGGAGGUGACCAUAUUCAACGAACCCUGCAUCCUCCGCUUCUCCAACGAGGACUUCCCGCACAACCCACUCGAUAACAGAUGGAUGAUCCUCACUGCCAACGGAAGCAACGUCAGCGCCGCGGUUGCUCCGACCUUCACGGCAGCCGUCGGUCGACUUGUCAACGCAACCAUCGAAUACGCAGCCGCGGACCCAGUUCGGCGGUUCGGCACGGGUGAGGAAGCGUUCGACAAGAAAUACCCCAAGAUUUACGCUCUUGCGCAGUGCACACCGGACUUGACCUCUCAAGAUUGCCGGACUUGCCUCAAGAACAUAUCUGCGGAGGUCAUGCCCAAUUAUUUCGUAGGACCGACGGGUGGGAGAAUAUAUGGCGUGCGGUGCAACCUCCGCUACGAGACGUUCCCUUUCUUCAACGGCCAGCCGCUUGUGCAGCUGCAGAGCCCGUUUGGACCACCGCCUUCAUCGCCGCCACAGGCGGCUGGAGGUUUUGAUUCAUCUGCAUAUAGAAGGAGAGAUAAGAGAACUGGAGUUCUCGUAGCCAUUGUAGUGCCUAGUGUGGCAGCAGUACUGUGCACCUUAGUAGUAACAUGUCUUUAUUUCUGGAGGCUGCGGAAGAGACAACCAGUAAAAUUAUUACGACCAGAUUCAACUAGUUCAGAUGACAUUCCUAGCAUAGAUUCUCUCCUCAUUGAUCUCUCUACACUACAAGUUGCUACAGAUUACUUUGGUGAACACAAAAGGCUUGGUGAAGGAGGAUUUGGCGUUGUUUACAAGGGAGAUUUACCAGAUGGUCAAGAAAUAGCGGUGAAGAGGCUCUCUCAGACUUCCAGGCAAGGAAUAGAAGAGCUUAGAACAGAGCUACUUUCAGUUGCUAAGCUGAAUCACAAGAAUCUUGUCAGGCUAGUUGGUGUUUGCUUGGAGGAACGUGAGAAAAUACUUGUUUAUGAGUACAUGCCCAACAGAAGCCUCGAUACAUUCAUCUUUGAUGCUGUGAAAGUCAAGGAGAUGGACUGGAGCAAGAGAUUCAGGAUUAUACAUGGAAUCACUCGUGGCUUGCAAUAUCUUCACGAAGAUUCUCAACUAAAGAUAGUUCACCGGGACCUGAAAGCCAGCAAUAUUCUUUUAGACUCUGAUUACAAUCCUAAGAUUUCUGACUUUGGCUUAGCAAAGAUAUUUGGAGGGGAUCAAUCACAUAUUGUUACUCACCGCAUUGCUGGGACAUAUGGGUAUAUGUCGCCAGAAUACGCGAUGCGUGGUCAAUAUUCGACCAAGUCAGAUGUUUUUAGCCUGGGUGUUUUGAUUUUAGAGAUCGUUACUGGAAGAAGAAACUCUGGAUUCUACGACUCUGAUCAAGAUGUUGAUCUUAUAAACAUCACUUGGGAGCACUGGACGAGGGAGAAAGCUGUGGAGCUGAUAGAUCCAUCAUUGAGGAACUGUGGUCUCAUUGACCAGUUGUUGAAGUGCAUCCACAUCGGGCUAUUAUGUGUUCAGCAAAAGACUGCAGAUAGGCCUUCGAUGUCAGCAGUAAACCACAUGCUUACAAGUAACGAUGUGCAUCUCCCAUCUCUGACCAGACCAGCCUUUUGCAACCAGGAGAUUGGUGCCAACUCUGAACCAAAUCUAGUAGGUAAUGCAAGAAGAGCAUCGUCAAAUGAAGUGACCAUCACAGAACUUGCGCCCAGAUGAGUGUUAACGGAGACCUGAAGGAAUUGGUCCUGCAACCCCUGUUUCAGGCUUUUGUUUGUAAGAA